AUGAGUGAACCAGAAAAGAAGAAAUUAAAACCAAACGAUAAUUCAGCAGUGGCAUCAUCAAUUGUGUCUGCAUUAUCAUCAUCAAUUGCAGCAUCAUCAACAAAAGUAAAUACAAGAAAUGCCUUGCAAAAAACUGAAGAUUUGGAACAAAUUAGAAAGACUCUUUUACUUUCACUAGUUCCAUCCAUGAACGAUAAAAGUGACAUUUAUAAUACUAAACAAAUUAUAUCACUAGGAGAUAAAAAUUCUAAUAUAAUUAGAGAAGGUGAUUUGGUUGUUUUCUUUAUUAAUCAUGAUAUUAUGAAGGCCGAAGUAAUUAAAAAAGGACAUACUUUUGAUUGUAGAUUUGGAUCCUUCUUACAUGAAAAUAUUAUUGGUAAACCUUUUGGAUCUAAAAUUUAUAGUCAUGCAGAAAAACGCCCAACAAGAAGGAAGAAGGAAGAUACUACAAUGGAUAAUGCAGAUAAGAAGCCAUUUGUUUAUGUUCUCAAACCAACACCACAUUUGUGGACUCUAGUUUUGAAACAUAGAACUCAAAUUUUAUAUCAUGCUGAUAUCAGUUUAAUUCUUACACAUUUUAAACUUCGUCCAGGAAGUGUAGUUAUUGAGGCAGGAACUGGUAGUGGUUCUCUUUCAACAAGUAUUUCUAGAGCUAUUAUGCCUAAUGGACAUCUUUUCACUUUUGAAUAUCACAAGGAAAGAUAUUUACAUGCCAUGAAUGAAUUUAAGAAUAAUGGUUUAUAUAAUAUUACAAUAACUAAUGGAGAUGUUUGUCAAAAUGGAUUUACUCCAAACACUACAACAACUCCAAUCAUAUUGAGUGAUACUUUGAGACCAAAAUAUGAACCAUCUCAAAUUCUUGGAGAAGACAAGUCAGGCACAGUGGACGGUGUCUUUUUGGAUUUACCAAAACCUUGGCUCUGUAUUCCAAAUGUUUUUAGACUAUUAAGAGUUGGUGGUAAAUUCUGUGGAUUUAGUCCUUGUAUUGAACAAAUUCAAGAAACUGCAAAUGCUCUUAGACAAUUUGAUUUUGUAGAAAUUAAAUGUGUUGAAUGCCUAGUCAAGGAAUAUAUGAGUAAUAAUGUUGAGGUUUCCACAGUUGACCAUUACUUUAAGAAAUCUGAUACUACAACUCAACAAACAUCAACCACAGAGAAGAGAUUAUUCAGUGCAGUUCCUGAAAUGAAAGGACACACCGGUUAUUUGAUUUUUGCAACAAAAUUCCAACUUAAAGAAUAAAUCAUUCAAUCUUUC